UAGUCGCAUGCAGACUUUUGACGUUUGAGAAUUUAUUUUUAUAAUUUUUGAUAUCAUGGCUGAUAUUAAAAACGAAAUAAUUGAGAAUAAUGAAGUGGAAAAUGACGAACAGGAGGAGUUAGAUGGGGUUGAAGAUUCAGAAGUCAAAGAUCCAGCCAAGAAGAAGAAAAAGAAAAAAAAGAAGAAGAAGGCAGCGGGAACAGAAAGUACCACAAAUUCCCAAUCUGAAGUAGCUGAAAAGACGCAGUCUUUGACUAUAGAAGAAAGUUCUGGAGAUAAGAAAAAGAAGAAAAAUAAAAAAGGUGGUAAAGGUGUCCAGCAGACUGAUCCUCCAACCAUACCAAUUGCCGAACUUUUCCCAGAUGGCAACUUCCCGGAGGGCCAGAUUAUGGAACAUGGACCAGCAGAGGGCAUUGAUGAGAGGACUGCUAAAGACCGCUUCUCAAGUGAAGAGAAGAGAGCUUUGGAUAGAAUGCAUCAAGACAUCUAUCAGGAGAUAAGACAUGCUGCUGAAGCUCAUAGACAGACUCGUAAACAUAUGCGCAACUGGAUCAAACCUGGAAUGUCUAUGAUUCAAAUAUGUGAAGAGUUGGAAUCAACUGCAAGGCGUCUCAUUGGUGAAGACGGACUCAAAGCUGGUCUUGCUUUCCCAACUGGCUGCAGUCGUAAUCAUUGUGCUGCACAUUACACACCAAACACUGGUGACGACACUGUUUUGAACUAUGACGACGUUGUAAAGAUUGACUUUGGCACUCACAUAAAUGGACGAAUCAUUGAUUGUGCUUUCACACUGCACUUUAACCCUCGCUAUGACCCUCUGGUUAAGGGUGUUCAGGAGGCCACCGAGGCUGGUAUCAAGGCUUCUGGUGUUGAUGUGAGGUUAUGUGACGUCGGUGCUGCAGUACAGGAGGUGAUGGAAUCGCAUGAAGUUGAAUUAGAUGGAAAUGUUUAUCAAGUGAAGCCUAUACGUAAUCUAAAUGGACACUCCAUUGGACCCUACCGCAUCCAUGCUGGCAAGACCGUGCCUAUCGUUAAGGGUGGGGAGACCACCCGCAUGGAGGAGAACGAGUUCUACGCCAUCGAGACGUUCGGCUCCACUGGCCGGGGUCAGGUGCAUGAUGACAUGGACUGCUCACACUACAUGAAGAACUUUGAACAACCCUUCGUGCCUUUAAGAUUGCAAUCAUCCAAGCAACUGCUGAACCUGAUCAACAAGAACUUUGGUACACUGGCAUUCUGCAAGCGCUGGUUGGAGCGUGCUGGGGCCUCGCGCUACGCCAUGGCCCUCAAAGAUCUCUGCGAUAAGGGCGUAGUCGACCCUUACCCACCCCUUUGCGAUAUUAAGGGCUCGUACACGGCGCAGUUCGAGCACACCAUCCUCCUUCGACCCACAUGCAAGGAGGUCGUCUCCCGUGGCGAUGAUUAUUAAGUAGCCAUCAACUCUUCCUUCAUACAAGUUUGUUUUGUCUGUUAUGAUAAACUAACAUUGAUCGUACCAGAAAAGAGAGUACAAGAGUUAAUAAUUGAAGACAUGAGUUGAUGAACCGUGUAACUAACAUUUUACAACAUAGA